AGAGCAAGCCCUGUUGGUGAUACUUAGCACAUUCUUCCUGAGCACAGCACACCCUCCUUGUGCAAGAACCCAGAGCCCCAGCUGCUAAAGACUGAGGGUUGCAGAGGAACUGCAGAGAGUCCAGCAAGCCAUGGUGUUUCCAUGGAGAUGCCAGAGUACUCGGUGGGGCUCAUGGAGCAUCCUCAAGCUGUGUGUCUGGACAGUGCUCUGUUGUGACUUCCUGGCGCACCAUGGAACUCACUGUUGGACAUACCACUAUUCUAAAAAAUCCAUGAACUGGGAAAAUGCUAGAAAGUUCUGCAAGGAAAACUACACAGAUCUAGUGGCCAUACAAAACAAGAGAGAAAUUGAGUAUUUGGAGAAGACAUUGCCCAAAAACCCUAGUUACUACUGGAUAGGAAUCCGGAAAAUUGGAAGCACAUGGACAUGGGUGGGAACCAACAAGCCUCUCACUAAAGAAGCAGAGAACUGGGGAGCUGGAGAGCCCAACAAUAAGAAGUCCAAGGAGGACUGUGUAGAGAUCUAUAUCAAGAGGGAAAAAGACUCUGGGAAAUGGAACGACGAUGCCUGCCACAAGCGAAAGGCAGCUCUCUGCUACACAGCCUCUUGCCAGUCAGGGUCUUGCAGUGGCCAUGGAGAAUGCGUGGAAACCAUCAACAACCACACCUGCAACUGUGACGAGGGGUUUUAUGGGCCCCAGUGUCAGUAUGUGGUCCAGUGCGAGCCAUUGAAGGCCCCAGAACUGGGUACCAUGGACUGCACUCACCGCUGGGGACACUUCAGCUUCCAAUCACAGUGUACUUUCAACUGUUCUGAGGGAACAGAGCUACUUGGGACUGGAGAAGCCCACUGCGGACCGUAUGGAAACUGGACAUCCCUAGAGCCUGUCUGUCAAGUGACUCAGUGCCAGCCACUCACAGCACCUGACCUGGGAGCGAUGGAAUGCAGUCACCCCCUGGCCAACUUCAGCUUCACUUCUGCCUGUACCUUCACCUGCUCAGAAGGAACCGACUUAAUUGGAGAGCGAAUAAGUGUCUGCGGGACGGCUGGCGUCUGGUCUAGUCCUCGUCCUCUAUGUCAAAAGACAGACAGAAGUUUCUCAAAGAUCAAGGAAGGCGACUAUAACCCCCUCUUCAUUCCGGUGGCUGUCACAGUUACUGCAUUCUCGGGGCUGGCAUUUAUCAUUUGGCUGGCAAGGAGGUUAAAAAGAGGAAAUAGAUGGAACACUACACAAGAACACGACAUUCUUCCUUUGGCCCCCUUUCUCUCUUCUGAAUAUUCUUUUGCCUUCAGGUGAGAUCAGUAUACCAGCCAUAGGCCCACAGUCUGCAGCAGGCUUUGGGUGUUGACUGCCACCUUUGUCCAAGUUCAUCCAACAGAUCUAUUCAAAACUGUAAAAUGCAUAGACCCCUGCAGCUUUAGAGAUCCCCGGUAUUAAGGUCAGGGGCUAUGAAUGACCUUAAGGCAAUUGCUGACUCCUAUGCACUUCUUCCUGUGAUGUAAGCUGAUGGCCACUUAUGUUUCCCUUCCACUGGAGCCAUUAGUGUAUAUUUUAUUACACAGCCCAUGUGACCUGGCAAUGAAAGAAAUAUUACCUACGGGUCUCUAACAGCCUUCCGCUAUGAUUUGAUCUUCUGUCCAAAUUUAAAAAUAGGAGGAGGUAGACUCAUUUUCCACCAAUCUGUAAAGACAAGGGAGAGUGCACUAUCUGUGUACAAGGAUGCCACUAACUAUAAUGUGUCACACUGGACAGUUUAAACAUCUCUUCUGCUGAUAGAAAUUCCAUGUGUUCUGAUACUGCUACCACACAAGACUAUUCUAAGUACUGACUACAGCGCCAGCACAAAAUAAAGAAUGACAUUUUUCUUUCACCACUGGUUAGUCUUUCACCGAGGUGUCAAACCUCACUUUGACUGUCUGGCCGCCUUGAAUGGAGAACAAGAUAGCCAUUCAUUACACAUGCUCCCUGAAAAGGUGGCUAUUAGCUCAAUAACUCCAAGGGCGCUAUGUCCUAUUAAUAAGAAGGGUAAUGACACCCCCCCCAAAUUCCAUCCCUUUCUAGGUGGUUGUAGAUACAAAGGAAUGGAAUCGAAGUCCCAUGUGCUUGGUGGGUGCUAGCUAGCUAUGGCUGCAUUAUGUGUGCCAUGAGAAGAGCCGUGGGUUGUUUUUAAAGCUUUAACCUUGGAGUCAGUCAUUUCUGUACAAGAUCUCAAACUGAUAACCUGAAAAUGGCAUGCCCCUGCUGUGGGAAUCAGAGUGGGGCAAACAGGAAACAGAUAACGGGCUCUUGGGCUAGUGACAGUUAUGCCACCAAGAGAGUUGCCAGCUCCCAGAGAUCACUGGCCCUGGAGGGAAAUUCAGGGUAACUAUGUUGUCUUCAAUAGCCUUCAGCUGUCAAACAUCUACAGAUCUCUCCAGCUUGCAAGUGAAUGACUUUGUCCUCCAAAAUUUUUAGCUGUAAGUUGGCUCUUUACAACAUGAAUAGUAUCCCUUUCUUCCCCCUGGAGAGACACUGGUAGAAUUGGUAGCUUGGCUACCAAGUAAAACCCAUAGAGAUCAAACAGACACAUCUGUAAGAAUCAUAGUGAAAAUAAUGAUUCUGUAAUUAUGUAUUAUUACAUACAUGUUAUAGUUUUAUUUGGGUUAAUCAAACGGGAAAGGGGGACAGGGGGCGAUUCAGAGUGUGAGAGCCAAUGAAAGGAGCAAACUCUGUUCUUUCAGAGGGAUCCUAUGAACCCGGUGCAAGGCUGCCCAUGCCCUAAGCAUCUUGGGGUCUAGUUAGCCAUUAGCUCUCUUUUCCUGGGUCCAUAAACAAGUGCUCUGGCUGUGGGCUCAGCUGAAACACUCAGUACUCCUAAACUUUCUCAUUCUCCAAGGCGAUGACAUUUUUAGGCCAAACUCUAAAACUGUUCAUUAGCAGCAGCUUGAGUCAGAGGUGCCUCUUCCACCCUAAAUUGAACCCCCCAAAGUGUCUGCCUUUGGGUUCAUUAGGCUGUUUGUUACUCGGUUGUAAGAGUUUUCCAUCUGACCCAACACACAGGGUGACUCCAGUACACGAAACUGAACACAGUCUCCCUUAGUUCUCCUUUCUUCGAAGACACUCCCUCAGUAGAACCAGGCACUUCCUCAGCAGGACAAGACACCCCCUCAGCAGGACAAGACACCCCCUCAGCAGGACAAGACACCCCCUCAGUAGGAACAGGUUUUGUUUAUCUGUUGUCAUUGUUUUCAUUGCUGCUAAAAAAAAAAAUCUGUGAAGAUGAACAAAUGGACUUGAACUUGAUUGUCCCUAAUCCAUGUAUUUGGUCCAUAUCAUCUGAAAGCUAAAUUUUGAAAGAAAAGUUUUUCAAUAUUAUUUUCUAGAACUUAAAAUGUAUUUUAAAGAGCAAUUGGAGUAUUGCCUUGGCCUAAACAUUGUAAAUACCUCUUCUUUAACUAACCCAUCAAGAAAGCUAAAAUCUGUGUGGGGCAGUUCUAGAAUACUAGCUUACAGUCACAGAAAUACAUAAAAUCCAUCCCCUUUUUUCCUCAGAGAGCAUUCUUUCUAAUUUUUCCCUUGUCUUUCUGACAGACAUUAGUUCAUCAGACCAUUAAGUAAUCAAUCUUUACUUUUUUCUCCACUAAAAAGAAUGUGAUUCGGUUCACAAAAUACAUUUGAUGCAGUCAACCAAAAUUACCCAAACAGUAAGGAGAAGAAAAACCCAACCGAGUAAGCAAAACUAAGUUGGAACCCAGGCUCACGUUAGCACACAAAUGUGUGUCAUGGAGUCCUAUCCACUUGACAGAAGUGACUUUCAGAUCUAGCUCCCAUGCAAGCCCAUCAAAAGAGAAAGCAGAUGAAUUGAUGAGAUAUGAAUUAUACAUAUGAUUGCAUAAGUAGAUGAAAACACAUUAGUUACUCACGUUAGGCUGCACGGUUCCCACUGAUUUCUACUAACUAACCAGACCAGAGUAAAAUUCUCAGGAUACCCUUAAGAGAAGCUGAGCAACAUCAACCCAUUUGUUUCCAGGGUUGGGACCUAAGUCCUUUAGGAAGGGGAUGGAGGCAGAAUGAAAUGUAAUAGAAACUUACGAAUGGGACACUGGGCGUGAUCAGGAAGGAAUUCAGCCCAGGCUCUGGCUUCGUGAGCAGCACGGCAGGUGGAAUGGAGUCCCAAGAAGCACCUGCGUCAUACUGCAGCACCAAAUGCUCGCUGGUACCCAGAGCCACUUAGUCACACGUGGAUGCCCCUUAGCAAAUUCAUAACACACUUCAAAAGAGAGUCAUAGGGAUGGCACAGCCUUUACUUUCAAAAUUAAAAUGGCCUACUUUUAAUGAUACCAUUUUCUAUUCUCUCUUUUGUUUUUAGGCAAGAAUCUCAGAAAAGGAUGGAUGAUCCAUACUAAUUCAUCCUCUAUGAAAGGAAAAGUCACAAGGUACCAAAAAAAAAAAGUUUGGAAACAACUUCAAAUCCUCCCACAAAGAUUUUGCACACAGGCAUCACCCACAGUGAAGAUGAAAUGUUUGCUUCAGGGUGUCUGGAGGGAUUUCUACGUGAUUGACAGCUCCUCUAGCCUCCUCGCUGCUCACUCAGCUCUUGACCCUAGCCUGUAAUUUUUGUUUAUAUAGCUCAGGAUUUUGUUAUCUUUUCUGUGGAGAGGAGAAGGGUUUGCUCUGGGGUUAUAAAGAAGUCUGACCUCAGCUCUUUCCUAA